UUAUAAUAUAUAGAAUUCUCAUCUAAAUCUCAAAGCUCAGCAAUUUCAGUCAUCACCAGCAGAGAAAGGCAAAGCACCGAAGCGACAGCGAAGAAGACGAGGACGAUUCUUGGAUUCAAACUCCUUCAAACUCUCAAUGUCCAAAGUCUGAACUCACAUUUUUAUUAUUUAUAUAUUUUAUUUUUUCCAAAUUCAGGAAAAAAAAGGCAAAAAUAGAAAUAAAAUAAACCUGAGAAGAAGAAACGAAAACAAAAUCGUUCAUUGCCUUUGACCCAAUCGUGAAGGUCAUUUCUUUGCUUCGCUCAUUCCUUCAGGUAUUGCGAAGUGGAAGAGCCUAAUGGGUUGGCACUGAGGUGGAUGAGGGUUUUGAGUUUGCAAACUAUUGGAAAGAUUUGAAGCUUAGAGAAUUUUUAGUGUUUGCUGUUGGAUUCUGGUGUUGGGAUGGGGUGUGGGUGUUCGAAGCUCUAUGCGUGUUGUGGAGGUCCAGAAGAUAAUGUACCAGUUCCUGAGCCCCAGACUGUGGAAAAUGAGGAAGGAAAUGAACUUGAUUUGCCUGCAUUUCAUGAAUACACAAUUGAGCAACUUAGGACAGCGACAUCAGGGUUUGCUGUUGAGAAUAUAGUUUCUGAACAUGGGGAGAAAGCCCCUAAUGUUGUUUACAAGGGGAAGCUUGACAAUCAAAGAAGGAUUGCUGUCAAAAGAUUCAAUAGAUCAGCUUGGCCCGAUUCUCGUCAAUUUUUGGAAGAAGCAAGGUCUGUGGGGCAGCUCCGCAACAUCCGAUUAGCAAAUUUACUUGGCUGUUGUUGCGAAGGUGAUGAGAGGUUACUUGUUGCUGAAUAUAUGCCCAACGAUACAUUGGCAAAGCAUUUAUUUCAUUGGGAAACCCAACCCAUGAAGUGGGCAAUGCGGUUACGGGUGGCUUUAUAUCUUGCACAGGCUCUUGAAUAUUGUACCAGUAGAGGACGUGCCCUUUAUCACGAUUUGAAUGCUUAUAGAAUAGUUUUUGAUGAUGAGGGAAACCCUAGACUUUCAUGCUUUGGUAUGAUGAAAAACAGUAGAGAUGGGAAAAGCUACAGCACAAAUCUGGCAUUUACUCCUCCCGAGUAUCUAAGGACAGGGAGAGUAACUGCAGAGAGUGUAAUGUAUAGCUUUGGCACCCUUUUGCUUGACCUUCUCAGUGGAAAACAUAUUCCUCCAAGCCAUGCACUCGACCUUAUUCGGGACAGGAAUCUUCAGAUGUUAACAGAUUCUUGUUUGGAAGGCCAAUUUACAAAUGAUGAGGGAACUGAGUUAGUACGUUUAGCUUCACGAUGUUUGCAAUAUGAACCCAGAGAGCGUCCUAAUCCAAAGUCAUUAGUUGCUGCUUUGGUUCCUCUCCAGAAGGACACUGAGGUUCCUUCUCAUGUAUUGAUGGGUAUACCACAUGGUGCAGCAGCUUUACCUAGUCUAUCACCGCUUGGUGAAGCUUGUGUGAGGAUGGAUUUGACGGCCAUCCAUGAGAUCUUAGAAAGUAUUGGAUAUAAGGAUGAUGAAGGAGCAGCGACUGAGCUUUCAUUCCAGAUGUGGACCAACCAAAUGCAGGACACGUUGAACUCGAAGAAAAAGGGUGAUGUUUCUUUCCGUCAUAAAGAUUUCAGAGCUGCAAUUGAUUGCUUCACUCAGUUUAUUGAUGUUGGGACCAUGGUUUCUCCGACAGUUUAUGCACGCCGUAGUUUGUCUUAUCUCAUGAGUGAAAUGCCACAGGAAGCCUUGAAUGAUGCGUCACAAGCCCAAGUGAUUUCCCCUAUUUGGCACAUUGCAUCCUAUUUGCAAGCUGCAGCUCUUUUUUCACUUGGAAGGGAUGAUGAGGCACAAGUAGCCCUCAGAGAGGGUUCUGUACUUGAAACUAAAAGGAAUGCAACAGCUUGAGAAUUUAGUAGUGAAGAUCAAACCUGAGUCUCUUUUCCUUUUAUUGGACUCUCUUUUUCUGAAAGAUGAGCAAGGGACUGCAGACACAGGGAUCUCAAUUUUUUGGUGACUUGAUCAGAGACUCAAAAGUUAAUCAGUCUUGAAGAUAAGCCUCAGAGUUGAAGUAGAUGUGAUCCUUAUCUUCUAUUUGCGUGGCUGGUUCAUUUGUUGUGAUCUUGAAGCAUUUUUUUGCAAUACUAUUGGAUGGGUUGGUUUGGUCUCUUUGGUGUGGGAGUAACAUGGACACUUACGUUGUUUACGACAGAUGUGCCCUUCAUUGUUGUUCAUUUACCUGUUUCCAAUACAACAAUCUUGGGAAAUUACUAUGAUGCAUAUGGAACAUUAUUUUUGUAAAGGGUUCAAACUGUUGUGGACGUUGUUGCAUUGACAGGGUGAAUAGAAAAAAUUGCUAUUACCAUGGUUGUAAUUUAUGUACAGAGCCAUUUGUCAUGGUCACUCCUGUCGACAUGACAUCAGCUCCUUAUGUUAUGUUAGCGCUCAUUAAUAAAAUUUGUUUCUUAUUGUGGAAA